AUGAAGCUCAACUUCAAGGAUCUGAAGCAGCAAAAGUUCACGAUCGAUGCUGAACCUUCGGAGACAAUCGCCCAGGUGAAGGAGAAGAUCGCCGCUGAGAAAGGAUGGGAGUCUAGCACCCAGCGCCUGAUCUACUCAGGCAAGAUCCUAGCAGACGCUAAUACCAUCGAGUCCUACAAUAUCGAGGAAAAGGGCUUCAUAGUAUGCAUGGUCUCAAAGCCAAAGGCUGCGCCUGCACCCAAGGCCGCUGCUCCUCCUGCCACACCAGCGCAGUCUGCAUCAACACCAGCACAACCGUCAGCACCCCAACAUCAGCCUGCACCCGCAGCAGCUAAUGCGCCAUCCACACCUACUCCCGCUCAACCUGCUCAGCCGGCCGCUCCGGCUCCUCCAUCAGAUCCCAGCAGUACAAUGCUCAUUGGCAACCAGUCCGAGUCCACAAUAAGAGAGAUGGAAUCCAUGGGCUUCGGCCGACCAGAGAUCGAACGUGCCCUCCGUGCCGCCUACGGCAAUCCCGAUCGAGCCAUCGAGUAUCUUCUCACCGGUAUCCCCGCACACAUCCAAGCCGAGCAGCGACAGGGAACACAGGGUGGCGGUGGUGGACAAGCGGCCGCGCCAGCUGCUGCAGCUCAAGGCAAUACUCCUGCUGCGGCUCCAGCACCUGCUUCAACAGGAGAAGAAGAGGUCGAUCUGUUCCAAGCUGCUGCUGCCGCCCAGGGCGGAAACCGCGGUGGCGCAGCUCAACGCGGUGCAGCUGGUACAGGCGGUGGUGCGGCGGGUCUCGCUGGAGCGACUGGCGCCGGCGGAGAGGUCGACAUGAACUUUCUGCGAAACAGUCCUCAGUUCCAGCAAAUCCGUCAGAUCGUUCAGCAACAACCGGCUAUGCUCGAGCCUAUCCUCCAGCAGGUCGCCGAAGGCAAUCCGCAGCUUGCUCAGAUGAUCGGCCAGAAUCAGGAGCAGUUCUUGCAAUUACUUGCUGAGCAGGACGAUGGUGAAGGCCCUCUUCCGCCAGGAACUCACCAGAUCACAGUCACACCCGAGGAGCGCGAUGCUAUCGAGCGGCUAGUCCAGCUUGGCUUUUCUAGGGACCGAGUCAUUCAGGCUUAUUUCGUUUGCGAGAAGAAUGAGGAGCUGGCGGCCAAUUACUUGUUCGAACAGCCCGAGGACGAUGAUGAUCCGCCCACCACUUCCGGCCCAUAA